AUGCCAUCGAACGAGAACGGCGUCGGCAGCAAUGGCAAUGCAGCCGCAUCAAGACCAUACCCACCAGGCAUCCAUGUUCCAUCAUUGACAUUCUUCGACUCUUCCACACGGCAGGAACUCGACCCUGAGACACAGACCAAGCACAUCACCUUUUUGGCAAAGUCUGGCAUCCACGGCAUCGUACUAGCUGGAACCAAUGGCGAGGCUAUCGCACUGAGCAGGAAAGAGAAAGUCGAUCUAACACGCCUGGCAAAGAAGGUCGUCUCUCACGCAGGCAAGCCAGAUCUACCAAUCACAGUCGGCACCAGCGGUAUAUCAACUCGCGAUGUCAUCGACGACUCUGUGGCUGUAAAAGAGGCUGGCGCCGACUUUGCGUUGAUCCUCGUCCCCAGCUUCUUCCAUUUCGCGAUGACCAAGGACGCCAUUUGCGAGUUCUACGAGGAGGUCGCUGAUGCAUCGCCAAUUCCGGUCUUGAUAUACAACUUCCCGAACGUCACAGCCGGCCUCAACGUGGAUUCGCCAAUGCUCGAUCGUCUUGCAAAGCACAGCAACAUCGUUGGUGUCAAGCUCACUUGCGGAAGCAUUGCCAAGGUCACUCGAGUCAGUGCCGCUUUCUCCCCAAAGCAAUUCUCGGCACUUGCUGGUCAAAGUGACUGGCUCAUCCCGGCCUUGUCCGUGGGCGGCACCGGUUGCAUCACUGGUGUCGGUAAUCUCUACCCGAAAUCCUGUGUGGCAGUCUAUGAUCUCUACAUGGCUGGAAAGUUCGAAGAGGCACAGAAGCUGCAAUACACUCUUGGUGUCUCCGAGCUUGGCUUUGGCGAUGGUGGCAUCAACGGGACAAAGUGGGUCGUAUCGGAGUUGCUGGGAUAUCCUGAGGAGGCGAGACAUUGCAGAAGACCAUAUCCUCGAUUCACCAGCAAAGACAAGCAGAAGUGGAUCCUGGAUCAGGUCCGGACGCUUGAGUCAGAAGAAGCGCGAUUGAACAAGUCUAGCGCAUAG